ACGGCUUCCUGGCUACUGCCCCGGAUGGUGUAUAGCGGUAGCGGUGCUGCUGCGGCUGCUGCUCCCUUGUCAUCUGACGCAGCGGCCGGCGGCCCCUCUAGUCCUCAUCCCGUGCCGGUGUCAUCCUCUACUGUCUGUCACCGGAGCUCACCUCUUCACUCUCCCUCUCCUCCCCGCGGCCUCCGCGCCCCGGUGUCCCGCCCGGAGGGGGCCCUGCUGCCGAAGAUGGCGGCGGGGGUAACGGCGGGUGGUUCGGAGUGGCUGGUGCUCAGGGACGGCUGCCUACGUUGCGACGAGCACGGCGUGAACAGCUUGUCCUAUCACCCGGCGCUCAACACCAUUCUUGCAGUCACUAGCCGGGGUAGCAUCAAAGUAAUCGACGGCACGUCCGGGGCUAUUCUGCAGUCCUCAGCGGUGCACGGAAAACCGGGUGGCCGGGUGAAAUGUCAGUAUUUUCCGACUGUCGAUAAAGUUAUCUUUGUGGAUGACUAUGCAGUGGGUUGUCGUAAAGAUCUGAAUGGCAUUUUAUUGUUAGAUACUGCACUUCAAACUCCAGUUUCUAAGCAGGAUGAUGUGGUCCAACUAGAGUUACCAGUUACAGAGGCACAGCAGUUGUUAUCCGCUUGCCUGGAGAAGAUUGAUGUUUCUAGUACAGAGGGCUAUGAUUUGUUCAUUAUGCAGCUAAAAGAUGGCUUUAAAAAUACCUCACAUGAGACUGCAGCAAAUCAUAAAGUUGCCAAGUGGGCAACAGUCACGUUCCAUCUUCCUCAUCACAUAUUAAAGUCCGUCACGGGUGCCAUUGUGAAUGAACUAAAGAAACUAAAUCAAAACAUAGCUGCGUUGCCUGUAGCAUCUUCUAUAAUGGACAGAUUGUCAUAUCUUUUGCCGAGUGGAAGGCCAGAACUUGGUGUGGGGCCUGGUCGGUCAGUAGACAGGUCUUUAAUGUAUAGUGAAGCCAAUAGGAGGGAAACGUUUACAUCAUGGCCUCAUGUCGGUUACAGGUGGGCUCAGCCGGAUCCUAUGGCUCAAGCUGGGUUCUAUCAUCAGCCGGCUUCCUCUGGUGAUGACAGAGCAAUGUGUUUUACUUGUAGUGUGUGCUUAGUGUGCUGGGAACCUACUGAUGAGCCAUGGUCAGAGCAUGAGAGACAUUCCCCGAAUUGCCCCUUUGUAAAAGGAGAACACACACAAAAUGUACCCCUCUCUGUUACGCUGGCAACGUGUCCGGCACAGUUCCCUUGCACAGAUGGCACAGACCGAUUAUCCUGUUAUGGUGUUGGCAACUGUCCGUAUUUCCUAGCUUCUGCAACCAAGAGAGGCAAAAUUUGUGUUUGGGAUGUUUCCAAACUAAUGAAGGUGCACUUAAAAUUUGAGAUUAAUGCAUACGACCCAGCAAUAGUACAGCUUUUAGUCCUAUCUGGCGAUGCAAGUUCUGGAAUUGAGGCCAGGAGGCCUACACUAGCUUGGUUAGAAGAUUCAUCCAGCUGUUCAGACAUCCCAAAGCUUGAAGGAGAUAGUGAUGACCUGCUAGAUGAUUCAGAUAGUGAAGAGCGUUCCAGAUCAGAUUCAGUAACUGGGCAUACAUCUCAAAAAGAAACCUUGGAAAUGAGCUUGGACAUAACUGCUCUCAGCAUACUCCAGCAACCAGAAAAGCUUCAGUGGGAGAUCGUGGCAAAUGUUCUUGAAGAUACAGUGAAGGACUUAGAGGAACUUGGUGCAAACCCUUCUUUAGCUAGUUGUAAAAGUGAAAAGACUAAGGAGAAGCACUUUGAACAGCACAACAUUCCCUUCCCUUGCUUACUAGCAGGUGGUUUGUUAACAUACAAAUCCCCUGCCUCCUCCCCCACUAGUACUAAUUCCCGAAGAUCUCUUGACACUUUAAACAGGACUCUGGGUGAAAGCUCAUCAGAGCUAGGGUCUACGGACAAUGAGUCCGGCACUAAUUCUGAACUUAACUCUCCUCUGGUAAAAAGGACUCUACCGUUGUUGUUGCUUUACAGCAUCAAAGAGUCUGAUGAAAAAUCAGGGAAAAUAUUUUCACAAAUUAAUAAUAUUAUGAGCAAAAGUUUACAUGACGAUGGAUUCACUGUUCCACAAAUCAUUGAAAUGGAGCUUGAUAACCAGGAACAGUUGCUUUUGCAGGACCCUCCUGUUACAUACAUACAACAGUUUGCUGAAGCCACAGCCAGUCUGUCAUCUCCAGACUCUGACAAAUGGAGUUCAAUGAUUCCCAAGGCGGGGACACUAGUGCAAUGCAUGCGACUGCCCAAGUUUGCAGAGGAGGAAAACUUAUGCAUAGAUUCCAUAAUCCCAUGUGCUGAUGGUGUUCAUUUGUUAAUAGGGUUACAGAAAUGCCCUGCAGAGUCAUUGAAUGCACUAAAUCAAGUAGAGGCCUUGAAUAAUUUAAACAAGUUAAAUUCUGCACUUUGUAGUAGGAGGAAAGGAGAAGCUGAACCCAGUCUUAGUGCUGUAAAUGGCACCAGCAUAAAUGUUAUCCCAUGUGAAUCCUCAACUGGUGAUAAUGACACUUUAAUUAUUCAGCCGGACCAGAGACGGGUGAGUGGUGGCUAUUUAGCGAUUUACAAAAUGAACUAUACUACUAGGAUAGUGACUUUGGAAGAAGAACCAGUAAAAAUUCUGCGCAUUAAAGACCCUCAUGACGCCGUUACCUCACUUAUUUUGCUACAUCCUGAUAUUUUGGAUAACCGAGAGGACGACUGUGAGGAGUCCUCAGAGGAAACAACUUUAACUCCUAAAAAUAUCAGUGGGAAGGAAAAAAAAUCUGACUUAUGUUUGGGUCAUUUGGUUGUAACAACGCAAAGUGGCUAUGUUAAAAUCUUAGAUCUUUCAACAUUUGAAGUUAUGGCAAAAGUGGAUCCACCUAAAAAAGAAGGCACAGAGGAAGUAGAUCCCUUUGUGUCGGUUGUAUACUGCUCAGGCACAGACAGACUUUGUGCUUGCACCAAAGGUGGGGAGCUUCAUUUUCUCCAAAUUGGAGGAGCUAGUGAUGAUCUUGACGAAACGGAUAUCCUUGUUGAUGGAACCCUAUCAAAAGCCACAGAACAAUUAAUGGAAGGUGUUAAACCUUUGUCUAACCCGUCCAGUCCUGGAAUCACAGGUGUGGAUCUGUUGGUGGAGCAGCUUUUCUCUAUAGAAAUGUUGACCUGUUUAGUAGAACUUACUCGUUUUGAGACUCUUAUACCAAGGUUUUCUGCUACCGUUCCGCCAUGCUGGGUUGAAGUUCAGCAAGAGCAGCAGCAAAGGCGUCAUCCUCAGCACUUACACCAGCAGCACCACGGUGACGCAGCACAGCAUACGCGUACAUGGAAACUUCAGAAUGAUAGCGCUAGUUGGGAUGAACAUGUAUUUGAACUUGUCUUACCAAAAGCCUGCAUGGUGGGUCAUGUGGACUUCAAGUUCCUACUGAAUUCAAACAUCACAAACAUUCCACAAAUUCAAGUGACUUUGCUGAAAAAUAAGGCUCCUGGCUUGGCAAAGGUUAAUGAGGCUCCUGUAGAUAGACACAUUUCCUUUCCUUUAUCCCCUGCAUUCAAUAUUGAAAUGGAGAGAAAUGGAAAACCUAGCCUUGUGGAUUUGAGUGAAGAGAUGCAAAACAUGGACGUAGAAGAUUCACAAAGCCCACGACUAUGCCCGUUUCUUGAAGAUCACAAAGAAGAUAUUUUAUGUGGUCCAGUAUGGCUUGCAAGUGGUCUUGAUCUUUCAGGGCAUGCUGGAAUGUUAACAUUAACAAGCCCGAAACUAGUAAAAGGAAUGGCAGGUGGAAAAUACCGUUCUUUUUUAAUUCACGUGAAAGCUGUAAAUGACAGAGGAACAGAGGAGCUGUGCAAUGGAGGAACAAGACCAGUUGUAAGGAUACCUUCUUUGAAGCCUCAGAAUAUAAAGGGGCAUUCCCUGGCUUCCCUGCUGGCUAAAGUUGUGCCAGGAAAGGAUAAAUCUGCUACAAAAAUUGAAGCCAGUAAUUCUUCACGAAAAGCUGAUAACCUUAGAGGAUGUGAUUUACUACAAGAAGUUUCUGUCACAAUUCGGCGAUUUAAGAAAACCUGUAUUCCAAAAGAAAGAGUUCAGAGAUGUGCCAUGUUGCAGUUUUCAGAAUUUCAUGAAAAACUUCUAAAUACACUCUGCAAAAAGACCGAAGAUAGCCUUGCUACGGAGCAUGCACAAGGUCUUGUUUUGGACAUUCUGUGUUGGCUAGCUGGUGUUCAUUCUAAUGGACCUGGGAGCUUGCGAGAAGGAAAAGAAAGCUUGCUUUCAAAAACUAGAAAGUGUCUAUCCGAUAUUGUACGUACAUGUUUCUUUGAGGCUGGAAGAAGUAUAGCCCAUAAAUGUGCUAGGUUUUUGGCACUCUGUAUAAGCAAUGGAAAAUGUGAUCCAUCUCAACAAGGCUUUGGAUCUGUCCUACUGAAAGCCUUGCUGGAGAACCUGACGUACUUGCCUUCGGCAGCUACUGGAGGAUCUGUCUAUUGGUAUUUUGUUUUGUUAAAUUAUGUCAAAGAUGAAGACCUGGCAGGAUGCAGUACAGCUUGUGCAUCAUUGCUCACUGCUGUUUCAAGACAGUUACAGGACCGACUUACUCCAAUGGAGGCUUUAUUACAAACUAGGUAUGGCUUAUACAGUUCUCCCUUUGAUCCUGUGCUUUUUGAUUUGGAAGUGAGCGGUUCUUCAUGUAAAAAUAUAUACAACAGUAGUUCUAGUAUUCAAUCUGAUGAGAUUGACCUGUCGGAUGUCUUAUUAGGAAGUGGGAAAGUCAACAGCUGUGCAGCAGCCGAAGGCAGCUUUACAUCACUGACAGGGCUGCUUGAAGUUGAACCUUUACAUUUCACUUGCGUUUCUACAAGUGAUGGUACCAGAAUAGAGAGGGACGAUGCAAGUACGUUCACUGUGAGCACAUUUGGUGUUACCCCAGCUGUGGGCGGCCUCUCUGCUGGGACAGUUGGAGAAGCCUCUACCGCUCUCAGCUCGGCAGCUCAAGUCGCUCUCCAGUCGCUCUCUCACGCCAUGGCUUCAGCUGAGCAGCAGCUCCAGGUACUGCAAGAGAAACAGCAGCAGCUUCUGAAGCUUCAGCAACAGAAGGCUAAACUGGAAGCCAAACUGCACCAGACCACAGCAGCAGCGGCGGCAGCAGCUUCAGCAGUUGGCCCAGUCCACAACUCAGUGCCUUCCAACCCUGUGACAGCACCAGGAUUUUUCAUCCAUCCUUCUGAUGUCAUCCCACCGACUCCGAAAACUACCCCACUCUUCAUGACACCACCACUUACUCCUCCUAAUGAGGCAGUGUCUGCUGUUAUCAAUGCAGAACUUGCACAGUUGUUUCCUGGCACAGUGAUAGAUUCUCCUCCUGCCAUUCUUGCAGCACACAGCAAAAAUUCAAACAAGUCCUCCAGAGUGAAUCAAUUGGGUUCUGGUCUUGCACUGGCCAUCUCUCAUGCCUCACAUUUUCUCCAGCCACCACCUCAUCAAUCUAUUAUUAUAGAGAGAAUGCACUCUGGUGCUAGAAGAUUUGUUACACUAGACUUUGGUAGACCUGUACUACUUACAGAUAUCCUCAUCCCCACAUGUGGUGACUUGGCGUCCUUGUCAAUUGACAUCUGGACUUUGGGUGAAGAAGUGGAUGGUAGGAGACUAGUUGUGGCAACGGACAUCAGUACACAUUCACUCAUACUGCAUGAUUUGAUUCCUCCUCCUGUAUGCAGGUUCAUGAAGAUUACCGUUAUUGGACGUUAUGGAAGUACAAAUGCAAGGGCUAAGAUCCCUCUUGGCUUUUAUUAUGGUCAUACUUAUAUCUUGCCUUGGGAGAGUGAACUAAAGCUAAUGCAUGAUCCACUAAGAGGUGAAAAUGACUCUGCAAAUCAGCCUGAGAUUGACCAGCAUUUAACAAUGAUGGUGGCACUACAGGAAGAUAUUCAGUGCAGAUAUAACCUUGCCUGUCAUCGCUUGGAAACUCUGCUGCAGAGCAUUGAUCUUCCUCCACUCAAUAGUGCCAACAAUGCCCAAUAUUUUCUUCGAAAACCAGACAAGGCCGUGGAAGAGGACAGCAAAGUAUUUUCUGCAUACCAAGACUGCAUUCAGUUGCAGCUUCAGUUGAAUUUGGCUCAUCAUGCUGUGCAAAGGCUCAAAGUUGCUCUUGGUAUGAGUAGGAAAACCCUGCGAGAGCAGUUUGAUUCCAGAGAGUUGAUUCACACUUCUUCAACUGAGCAGCUGCGCACAAUAAUCAGAUACCUUCUCGACACCUUACUUAGUCUCCUCCACUCAUCCAAUGGACACUCUGUACCAGCAGUUCUUCAGAACACUUUCCACGCUCAGGCUUGUGAAGAGCUGUUCAAACACUUAUGCAUAAGUGGGACACCAAAAAUAAGAUUGCACACUGGGCUUCUGCUAGUGCAACUGUGUGGUGGUGAGAGAUGGUGGGGACAAUUUCUUUCCAACGUUUUACAAGAACUUUACAACUCAGAACAGCUUCUUAUAUUUCCUCAGGACAGGGUGUUCAUGCUACUUUCUUGCAUAGGCCAAAGAUCACUAAGCAACAGUGGGGUGCUGGAGAGUUUGCUUAAUCUGUUAGACAGCCUUCUGUCACCCCUGCAGCCUCACUUGCCUAUAUACAGGCGUGUGGAAGGAGUCUUGGACAUUCCCAUGAUUAGCUGGGUUGUGAUGCUGGUUUCUCGUCUACUUGAUUAUGUUGCCACAGUAGAAGAUGAAGCAGCAGCUUCAAAGAAGCCAUUAAAUGGGAAAGAAAGAGAGAGAUUCUUAUCAGGCAACCAGUGGAGUUUUAUUAACAAUAGCCUACAUACUCAGAGUUUGAGCAGGUCGUCCAAAGGAAGCAGCAGUUUGGAUAGGCUAUACUCCAGAAAGAUCCGAAAACAACUUGUUCAUCAUAAACAGCAACUUAACCUACUAAAGGCAAAACAGAAGGCUUUAGUAGAGCAAAUUGAAAAAGAAAAAAUACAAAGCAACAAAGGAUCUUCUUACAAGCUUCUGGUUGAGCAGGCAAAGCUUAAGCAAGCUACCUCUAAGCACUUUAAGGAUUUGAUUCGUCUUCGCCGGACAGCAGAGUGGCCUCGAUCCUCUCAAGAUACUGAAGUAUCUGCAACAAAAGAGAGCCCUGAAGUUGAACCUCUUCCUUUCACACUGGCACAUGAGCGCUGCAUUUCUGUUGUUCAGAAACUAGCGCUCUUCCUCUUAUCCAUGGACUUCACUUGUCAUGCUGAUUUACUUCUGUUUGUUUGCAAGGUGCUUGCCAGAAUAGCUAAUGCAACACGUCCAACGAUACAUCUGUGUGAAGUUGUAAAUGAACAGCAACUGGAAAGGCUUCUGUUGCUGCUUGUUGGAACAGACUUCAACCGUGGAGACAUCUCUUGGGGUGGAGCUUGGGCACAGUAUUCUUUGACCUGUAUGCUGCAGGAUAUCUUAGCAGGAGAGCUAUUGGCUCCUAUAGCGGCUGAAGCUCUGGAUGACAAUGCAAUGGGAGAAGAAAUAUGUGCUUCAGCUGGUGAUUCUGAUGACUCCCUACAUCAUUCUUCUGUACCCUUAGGGGACAGCAUGGAUGAGCCAUUGACACCAGACAUCACAGGUGCUCCACCUCUGUCAUCUUUGGAUAAAGAUAAAGAAAUUGACCUUGAAUUACUGCAAGACCUGAUGGAAGUUGAUAUUGAUCCUUUAGAUAUUGAUUUGGAAAAAGAUCCCCUCGCAGCCAAAGUCUUCAAGCCAAUCAGCAGUACGUGGUAUGAUUAUUGGGGUGCAGAUUACGGCACAUAUAAUUACAACCCGUAUAUAGGAGGAGUUGGAAUACCUGUUGCAAAACCACCAGCAGCAGUUGAAAAGAACGGUACACAGACUAUAACAGUGUCUGUUUCUCAAGCCCUUGAUGCGCGCCUAGAAGUUGGACUUGAGCAGCAAGCGGAGUUAAUGCUAAAGAUGAUGUCUACACUUGAGGCGGAUUCUAUUCUACAAGCACUGACCAAUUCUUCUCCUACAUUAUCUCAACCUUCCAGCGGGACAGACGAUUCUUUACUACGAGGGUUGCAUGCAGCAAGUCAAGCAAACCAGCUAAUCAUUCAGUCGUCUUCCAUACCUAUGUUGAGUGCCUGCUUCAACAAGCUUUUCUCCAUGCUGCAAGUACAUCAUGUUCAGCUUGAAUCUCUUCUGCAGUUAUGGCUCACAUUGAGCUUAAAUUCUAGUUCAUCUGGAGGCAAAGAGAAUGGAAGUGAUCUUUUCUUGUACAAUGCUAAUCGGGUACCAGUCAUCUCUAUAAAUCAAGCAUCCAUUACCAGCUUUUUAACAGUCCUGGCCUGGCAUCCAAAUACUCUGCUACGGACAUGGUGCCUUGUACUACACAGCCUCACGCUGAUGACAAAUAUGCAGCUUAACUCUGGACCCAGUAGCACUAUUGGAGCUCAGGAAAACACUGCCCAGCUUCUCGUCUCAGACCCAAAUCUCCUUCAUGUGCUUGUAAAAUUUCUUUCGGGAACAAAUCCUCAUGGGACCAACCAACAUAGCUCUCAGGUUGGGCCUACAGCGACUCAGGCAAUGCAAGAGUUCCUUACAAGAUUACAAGUCCAUCUGUCCUCUACUUGCCCUCAAAUGUUUAGUGAAUUUUUGCUUAAAUUAAUACACAUAUUAUCAACGGAAAGGGGAGCUUUUCAAACCGGCCAGGGGCCACUGGAUGCCCAGGUGAAGCUUCUAGAAUUCACUUUGGAACAGAAUUUUGAGGUUGUCUCAGUGAGCACCAUCUCUUCAGUAAUUGAAUCUGUAACCUUUCUGGUCCAUCACUAUAUAACAUGUUCUGACAAAGUGGUGUCCCGAAGUGGAUCUGACAGUUCUGUUGGUGCAAGGGCCUGUUUUGGUGGACUUUUUGCUAACAUUAUCCGUCCUGGUGAUGCAAAGGCUUUUUGUGGUGAAAUGACAAGAGACCAGCUUAUGUUUGAUUUACUUAAAUUAGUCAACAUUUUGGUUCAGCUUCCCUUGUCUAGUAAUAAAGAAUUUAGUGCUCGUGCACCUGUUGUAAAUAGUACCACUGACAGUGUCUCAGAUGAAGAAAAAGUCUACGGGGGAAAGGAUUCUAAUAGUAAUUCUUCUACUACACAAAACUCCACAGCCUAUGUGGCAGAUUUGGUGCUAGCCAACCAGCAAAUUAUGAGCCAGAUACUGUCUGCCUUAGGCCAGUGUAACAGCAGCGCAAUGGCAAUGAUUAUUGGUGCAAGCGGCCUACACCUAACAAAGCAUGAAAAUUUUCAUGGUGGACUUGAUGCGAUUUCUGUUGGUGAUGGAUUGUUCACUAUUUUAACUACCCUUAGUAAAAAGGCUUCCACUGUACAAAUGAUGCUGCAGCCAAUACUUACUUACAUGGCGUGUGGAUACAUGGGAAGACAGGGCUCCCUUUCCACAUGUCAGCUGUCGGAGCCUUUGCUGUGGUUCAUUUUGAGAGUUUUAGACACAAGCGAGGCCUUGAAAGCAUUUCAUGAAAUGGGUGGUGUUCAACUAAUUUGCAACAACAUGGUCACAAGUACUCGAGCAAUUGUUAACACUGCUAGAAGCAUGGUAUCAACGAUCAUGAAGUUCCUCGAUUCUGGGCCCAGCAAACCAACUGAUAGCAGUUUGAAGGCAAGAGUUCUAGCAUCUGAGCCAGAUAAUGCAGAGGGCAUCCACAACUUUGCUCCAUUAGGCACGAUCACUUCUAGUAGCCCAACUGCUCAGCCUGCUGAGGUUUUACUACAAGCAACUCCACCCCAUCGGAGAGCUCGAUCUGCUGCUUGGUCAUAUAUCUUCUUACCAGAAGAAGCCUGGUGUGAUCUUACCAUUCAUCUCCCUGCUGCUGUGCUGUUGAAAGAGAUACACAUUCAACCACACCUUGCAUCACUUGCAACUUGCCCUUCUUCGGUUUCUGUUGAAAUCAGUGCAGAUGGGGUGAAUAUGCUGCCUUUAUCUACCCCAGUAAUUACAAGUGGACUCACCUACAUAAAAAUUCAACUUGUGAAAGCAGAAGUGGCUUCUGCAGUCUGCCUAAGACUACACCGUCCUCGUGAUGCUAGCACUCUUGGUCUUUCCCAGAUAAAAUUAUUAGGCUUGACAGCAUUCGGGAACACGUCUUCAGCAACUGUUAAUAACCCCUUCCUGCCUUCUGAAGAUCAAGUUUCUAAAACAAGCAUUGGCUGGCUAAGGUUAUUACAUCAUUGCCUCACUCACAUCAGUGAAUUGGAAGCAAUGAUGGCUAGUGCUGCAGCACCGACGGCCAACCUUUUGCAGACAUGUGCUGCCUUACUGAUGUCUCCAUAUUGUGGGAUGCACUCACCCAACAUUGAGGCUGUGCUAGUCAAGAUUGGACUGCAGUCUACAAGGAUAGGCCUCAGGCUAAUUGAUAUACUGCUUCGCAACUGUGCUGCGUCUGGCAGUGACCCAGCAGAUUUGAAUAGUCCACUUCUUUUUGGAAGGUUAAAUGGUCUAUCGUCAGAUUCUACCAUUGAUAUACUGUAUCAGCUUGGUACAACUCAAGAUCCUGGAACCAAAGACAGAAUUCAGGCCCUGUUAAAGUGGGUUAGUGAUUCUGCAAGAGUUGCCUCACUGAAAAGAAGCGGUUUGGGCAACUACAUUUCCCCAAAUAGCUCUCCUAGGGAGUUUGGCCUUUUGAUGCCAUCCCCUUCACAUUUGCACUGUGUAGCUGCCAUUUUGUGGCACAGCUAUGAACUCCCUGUAGAAUAUGACUUGCCAGGGUUGCUUAGUCGAGAUCUGUUUGAGUCACUGUAUAAAUGGUCUAUGUCUCUGCCAUGUAAUAUGGUCCUUAAAAAGGCUGUUGAUGGCCUACUCUGCUCAAUGUGCCAUAUUCACCCCAACUACUUCUCCUUACUUAUGGUAUGGAUGGGAAUUACACCUCCUCCUAUACAGAGCCAGCAUAGACUGUCAAUAACUGAUGACAGCAAAAAGCAAGACUUAAAUGCAUCUCUAACAGAUGAUUCUAAAAAUGCCCAAGCACCUCUUGCACUUUCGGAAUCUCAUUUAGCUACUCUUGCUGCCUCAUCACAGUCUCCAGAAGCCAUCAAGCAGCUGUUGGACUCUGGUUUGCCCUCUCUCCUUGUAAGAAGCCUUGUUAAUUUUUGCUUCAAUCAUGUAUCCAAUACAGACUAUUCUGCCUCCUCUACGGAUAGCAGCCAGGACAGACUCAGAAGGCAACACACAUUGCAGCACUUUAAUAGGAUGACGGUAACUGCAGACUUGGUGGCACCAAUUCUCAGGUUUCUGACAGAGGUUGGCAACAGUCAUGUUAUGAAGGACUGGCUUGGAGGCUCUGAAGUUAAUCCUCUGUGGACAGCACUUCUGUAUUUGCUUUGCCAUUCAGGUGCCAGCUCUGCUAGUAAUAUGACUGGUAAUCAACAGGCCAGUACCAAAUGCACUUUGAUGACUUCAACCGCAGCAAAUGGACUUACCACCCAACAAAGGACUGCAGUUGAAAAUGCAACCGUAGCCUUUUUUUUGCAGUGCAUAUCUUGCCAUCCAAAUAAUCAGAGACUAAUGGCACAGGUUCUCUGUGAGCUGUUCCAGUCUUCCCCUCAGCGUGGGAACCUCCCGGCCUCUGGCAACAUUUCAGGAUUCAUCAGAAGGCUUUUCCUGCAGUUAAUGUUGGAGGAUGAAAAAGUCACCAUGUUCCUUCAGUCUCCAUGUCCAUUAUACAAAGGCAGAAUCAAUGCCACAAGUCACAUCAUCCAGCAUCCGAUGUAUGGAGCUGGCCACAAAUUUCGCACUCUUCACUUGCCUAUCUCCACUACAUUGGCAGAACUUUUGGAUCGUGUCUCAGACACACCAAGUAUUACAGCAAAGUUAAUAAAUGAGCAGAAGGAUGACAAGGAGAAGAAAAAUCAUGAGGAGAAGGAAAAAGUGAAGGCGGAAAAUGGAUUUCAGGACAAUUAUAGUGUGGUUGUUGCCUCUGGUUUAAAAUCUCAGUCCAAAAGAGCUGUGUCUUCAACACCACCACGACCACCAUCUAGAAGAGGGAGAGUAAUGGCAGAUAAAAUCAGUGGGUCGUCUUCAGGAGUAGAAACAUCCAGCAAAACCAUCAGCAUUCCAGUCUUUCACUUGUACCAUAAACUGCUACCAGGGCAACCUCUACCUCCUGAGAUGACUCUCGCACAACUUCUAACGUUACUAUAUGAAAGGAAGCUUCCUCAGGGUUUUCGAUCUGUUGACUUAACUGUUAAACUUGGCUCCAAGGUGAUAUCUGACCCCAGCUUGUCAAAAACAGACUCUUUUAAAAGACUCCACACAGAGAAAGAACAUGGUGAUUUGUUAGGUUCUUGCCCAGAAGAUGAAGCCUUAAGCCCAGGAGAUGAGUGCAUGGAUUCUCUUUUGGAUGAUACUUUUCUGGAUACCUGUCCAAUACAGUCACCACUGCAAGUAUUUGCUGGAAUGGGAGGAUUGGCUCUUAUUGCAGAGAGGCUUCCAAUGCUUUACCCUGAUGUAAUUCAACAAGUGAGUGCACCUGUAAUUUCCUCAACUACACAAGAAAAACCAAAAGAUAGUGAUCAGUUUGAGUGGGUUACUAUUGAGCAAUCUGGGGAGCUGGUUUAUGAAGCACCAGAAACCAUUGCUGCAGAGCCUCCACCAAUCAAAUCUGCUGUUCAGACUAUGUCCCCCAUUCCUGCUCACUCCUUAGCUGCCUUUGGGUUGUUUCUUCGUCUACCUGGAUAUGCUGAGGUGCUCUUGAAAGAAAGGAAGCAUGCCCAGUGCCUUCUUAGACUGGUUUUGGGUGUCACUGAUGAUGGUGAAGGAAGUCACAUAUUGCAAUCCCCUUCUGCAAACGUUCUCCCUACUCUUCCUUUUCAUGUGUUACGCACUUUGUUCAGUACCAUGCCGCUAACUACAGACGAUGGUGUGCUUUUAAGGCGCAUGGCAUUGGAAAUUGGAGCAGUACAUCUUAUACUAGCCUGCUUGUCUGCCUUGAGUCAUCAUGCCCCUAGAAUUCCAAAUUCAAACUCAAAUCAGACAGAGCCACAGGUCUCCAGCACACACGGUAGUGGCACAUGUGAAGAGCAGCAACUUUAUUGGGCCAAAGGUACCGGAUUUGGAACAGGCUCUACUGCAUCAGGCUGGGAUGUGGAGCAAGCACUGACAAAACAAAGGCUGGAGGAAGAACAUGUAACUUGUUUGCUGCUGGUUCUUGCUAGCUAUAUAAACCCAUCUGGUUGCACUGUGAAUGGAGAAACUCAGGCUAAUGAGAGCAGAGGGCAAAAUAGCAAUGCACUCCCAUCCGUCCUGCAAGAGCUCCUCAGUCAAUCCUGCCUUAUCCCAGCAAUGUCAUCAUACCUUAGAAAUGACUCAGUUCUAGAUAUGGCCAGGCAUGUUCCCUUGUACAGAGCUCUCCUUGAACUUCUCAGAGCCAUUGCUUCAUGUGUAGCGCUAGUGCCAUUGCUUCUCCCACUGUCUGGCGGAAAUGGAGAAGAGGAGGAGGACCAGGCUGAGUCUCAAGCGUCUGUUGGCACAUUAUUGGCCAAAAUGAAAACUUGUGUGGACACCUACACCAAUCGGUUAAGGUCCAAGAAAGAUAAAGCCAAAUCUGGAGUGAAACCAGAUGCAUCCGAUCCAGAGCCUGAAGGCUUAACACUUUUGGUGCCAGAUAUUCAGAGAACAGCUGAGAUCGUUUUUGUUGCCACCACCAGCCUUCGUCAAGCUAAUCAAGAAAAGAAGCUUGCUGAGUUCUCUAAAAAAGCUGCCGUUAAGUCAUCCAAACCUUUCUCUGUUUUACGGUCUUUAGAAGAGAAGUAUGUGGCUAUCAUGAAAAAACUGCAGUUUGACACUUUUGAGAUGGUUUCUGAAGAUGAUGAUGGAAAGCUGAUAUUCAAGGUGAAUUACCACUACAUGUCUCAGGUGAAAAACGCAAGUGAUGCAAAUAGCGCAGCUCGAGCCAGACGCCUCGCCCAGGAAGCAGUCACACUUUCUACAUCCCUUCCCCUUUCAUCUUCAUCUAGUGUUUUUGUCCGGUGUGAUGAGGAACGACUGGACAUCAUGAAGGUGUUGAUAACUGGUCCAGCAGAUACACCUUAUGCCAAUGGGUGCUUUGAAUUUGAUGUAUAUUUCCCUCAAGAUUAUCCCAAUUCUCCUCCACUUGUGAAUCUAGAAACAACAGGUGGCCACAGCGUUCGAUUCAAUCCAAACCUUUAUAAUGAUGGAAAGGUUUGCUUAAGUAUACUGAAUACUUGGCACGGGCGACCAGAAGAAAAAUGGAACCCUCAGACAUCAAGUUUCCUGCAGGUGCUGGUUUCUGUCCAGUCUCUCAUCCUUGUGUCUGAGCCCUAUUUUAAUGAGCCUGGGUACGAGAGGUCACGGGGCACACCCAGCGGCACACAGAGCUCCAGGGAGUACGAUGGAAAUAUCAGGCAGGCCACUGUCAAGUGGGCCAUGCUAGAACAAAUUCGAAAUGCAUCGCCAUGCUUUAAGGAGGUCAUUCACAAACAUUUUUACUUGAAAAGAGCAGAGAUCAUGGCUCAAUGUGAGGAGUGGAUUGUGGACAUCCAGCAGUUUAGCAGUGACAAGCGAGUUGGCAGGACUAUGUCUCACCAUGCAGCUGCUUUAAAGCGACAUACGGCACAGCUUAGAGAAGAACUCUUAAAGCUCCAGUGCCCUGAAGGCUUGGACCCAGAUGCUGAUGAUUCGACAGAAAAAUGCCUUGCCACAGCAAGCUUCGAGGAAACUACAUUUCACGAACAGGUCAAGCCUAGCAGCAGUAAAGACAACCCUAGUGACUUCAAAUUCUAAGCUGCAAUGGCAUGGACUUAGACACACAGGCUUUGAAGCACAGCCAAAUAUGUCCAUAUUUGUAUGUAAGAAGCUAAUUAUGUAAUAGUUAAUGAAGCAGAAACUAUACUAUGCCCUUAAGGAUAUACAGUUUAAUUCAAAUGAUCUUUUACCUGUACAAGAGUGUAAACUUUUUUUGUGCUUUUAUUUUUCAAUUGUGAGAACCACUGAUUGGUAUGUUUAGCAAAAUGUAAACAAGAAAAUGGAUAAAUCACUGAAAUAAGGGAACGUACCUUAGGAAAGAAUGUUUACUGAAUGUGUUUUUUUUUUGUUUUUUUUUUUUUUUUCUCUUUUUUGUUUUUUACCUGUAGAGUGAGGGCGUUGUAACAAAGAAUAUAUAUUGGUCAUUCUUAUAACUAUAACUACUAUUUAAAGACUGCAAAUUUUCACUGAAUUUGAUAGAUUUUGGCCAUAACUUCAUUCUCAUUUUUGAUUUCUACAGAAAGCUGCAUUCUUCAAUAAAAGUUAAACAAACAUGCUCCCUCUUACAUGAUUUACUGGUACAUUUUUUUUUAAAUAAUAAAUCUGCAAUUUAAAGACAUAACUGGAGACUUGCUCUUGUAAAGACUGAAUUUAUCACAGUCAAUGUUUCAUUUGAUGCUUUCUGGUUCUGAAUGCACAUCAAAUAAAAUGACAUGGUUUUACCUUGC